GAGGAUAAGGUAGGUAUCCGUAUCUCUGAAUAAAUAUUGCCUGACAUAAAUUAAAUAUUUAUGACUAUUUUAGGAAGUGCACUGUUUUUUGGACAAUUUUGUAUUUAUUAUGUUUUUAUAAAAGCCAUUAUUAAGAUGGAUACUAAACAAAAAACAUCGUUACUGAUUCCUGUUAUAGACUCAUCGUUAUUAUAAAAAUGAAUAAUAUUAAUUUGUCACGUUUUAAUGUUUUGCGUUUUACGAAUUGGGUAUUGUUUUUCUCAUUACCCAUAUUACAAGUUAACUUUUCUAAUAUUAAAUACACAAACGGUACUUAUAUAAAGAUGCCUGUUUUAUAAUAGUUUUAUGUGUUGUAUCUGUAUUCAUUGGCACAGGUAGAGUUCAAAGUGUUAAAACAUAAUUAAUUCAUUUUGUUGCAAAAUAACGUUGUACUUAUAAUCUUAAAUGUAUUUUAAAAUUACGAUGUUUUGGUUUGUGUUAAAUACAAUUUUAAUGAUUUCCGCUGUUUCACAGGUGCGUGGAUUGAAUCAAAAUCCAUCAAAUAUUUCAAAUAAUUUUCACAAUACGAAAAAUGAACCUAGUUUUUUGAUCUUAAAAGAUGCUCAAGGUAAUAUGUAUAAGUAUAUUUAUCCAAAUGAUAUGGACCAAUUUUCUAAGAUGAGUACUCUCGGUAAUAAAAAUUCUACUACUGUGAUACAUCUACCACCGGGAAUAUUGAAAAUAGAAAAUGGUACUUUUAAUAAAACGGGUAAUAUUAAAUCUUUAGAUGAUCUGAAAAUAACGUCUGAAAAACCACAAACCACUACCACAAAACGAACAAUCAAUAAUACACCUACGAAGUCUUUACCUGACAUUAAGGAGAAAAACAAUAACAAACCGUACAUUAAUAAGAACUCAUCUAUUGGAGUGGAUUCUACAUUGCCGAAGACCGAAAGAAAGAAUUCUGAAGAAGAGGAUACUAUUGUUUUGACAAAUGAAAAUGAACCAACCGAAACUACUACCAUAAAAAAUAUUAAAAACGAACAUAAAACUGAAAAAGGUGAAGAUAGUAAUGACACUGGUAAUAUUAUAGCUGACCAGCCAAUUUUAAAAUUAGCACCAAAUCCAAAUACGUUUCCAAAUGACAAUAAUACUAAAGAACAUUCAAAUAGUAUGAUUAUAGAAAGAUUAUUUUUAUUGAAAAAAAACAGUGAAAAAUAUGAGAAUUCAAACGAACAACAGAAUUCGUACAAAUCUAGCGACACGCGUAACGACUUAUUAUUAUUGGUCGAAAAUGAUAUUAAAUUAAAACUGUUUAUAAAUUCAAAGGGAGUAUUGAACAAAUCGUCUCCAGAGAACAGUAGAAAAAAUCCAACAAUAAAAUUAAAGGGCAAUAUUUCCACCGAAGAUGAGAUGACUACAAUUAAUGACUUGCCAAUCUCAAUAAUUGAUACAGAAUGAUAAAACAUUUCAUUAAAAUACUAACAACAAAUUUACAUUAUGAUCGUUUUAACCAUAAGAAAUAAUUUCGAAUCAAAAUUUAUAGACUUAAGUACAAAAAUUAACAAAAUAAAGUAUUGUAUAUAUUGAUAAUUACUGUAUCUAUAAGUAUAAUAUAAUAUUAAAGAAUAUUGUUAAACUUAAAAAUAAUAAUUUAUGCUGUAGUUAUAGUAUAUUAUAAUGAAUGUAUAUGUUUAUUAGAACCAAUAAAAUAUUAUUAUAUAUAGUACAAGACUAUUAUAUUGUACCAGGAUAAGUAAAAUGUAUUUAAAUACCUAUAUCUAUACCUACCUAUAAUAUUUUCGUCAUGAGUUCAGUUUUUAUUUUCUUAUUUUCGAAUUAUUGAGGAGACGACUUUUUUUGUUCAUUUUCUUAUCUAAACGCAGAGUUGAAAGUAUCUUGAAUAUAUGUAUUUUUAUUUUUUAUCUUUUGACAUUUCUAGUAUAUUAUUGUACCUAAAUCCUUUAUUUCUAUGGUACAAGUAUAUUGUAUCUUAUUUGAUGUAAUUUUCAUUAUUAUUAGAUACAAAAAUGAAGAUACAUUUUUUUUUUAGUUAGGAGGGAAUUUUACAAUUAAUUUAUUUCAAUAACUCAAUAUGUAUUUAAUUUUUUUAUGAUAUUCCAUUGGUGAUUGAAAAAAUUAAAAAAUUAAUCUCAAAACAAAUUUAAAAGAUUUCCACUGUGUAGUGCAAAUUAUUUUAGACUACUUAUGUCAACAACAACAAAAUAACCAUGUUGUUAUACACGAAUGUUUAGGUAUCAGAAAUUAUUUUCAAUAUUUAGAUUUCCGAUAAACAUACAUUAUCGCCUUUUUAAUUUCUAUAUUGUAUAUUUUUAGUGUUAAUAUAUUUUAAGUAAUUAUACAUAACUAAUAUAUUAAGUAAUUACUAUAAUGUAUACAUUACAUUAUAUAAAAAAAAAAUUA